UCCGUUUUAUGUUAUGGAUGUUUAUGCUGUAAAUGUUUGAUAAUUCCAAAAACAAUAAGAAAAAAUGAGUACUAAACAGAAAAAGCAAAAAGGGCGAUCUCGAAGGCGGGAAGUGAACUUAGAAAAAGUAUGUAGAUGUUGUUUAAGUGAUAAAGGAACCUUAAAAGAUGUUAUUGAUACAAAACUACCACCAAUGUUACAAUUUUGUACAUCAAUAGAUAUGCUCGGGGAUGACCAAUUACCAAAACAAAUUUGUAUAGAAUGUUUAAGAUUAAUAACAAAAUUUUACAUAUUUAAAAGGAAAGCAUUAAAAUGUAAUAUGUUUUUACAAAAUUUAGUCAAAAAACGUUCGAAAGAAAAGUAUUUUUCUGAUAUUUUGGAUGAAGCAGUUAGUGUGGCUGAUAUUUCAGUUCAAGAUCGCUUUGUGGGCUACGAAAAUGAGGAUGGUUCAGUUAUUACAAUUGAUUUAAAAAAGUUAAAAUCAAAAACCCUUGCUAAUGAUAACAUAGAAGAAAUUUAUACAACUAUAAGCUUAGUUGAACCACCACCAUUAAUCCCAUUGGGUAAUGCAAGCAAGGGAAAAACGAACGAAAUAAAAAUCACUUCUACCCGAAAAGAUGAAGAUAUAAAACCUCCACCCCCUUUAGUUCCAUUAAAAAAACUUAAUUUAAGUGAUAAACCAGUAGAAAAUCAAACAGUAACUAUUAAAACAGAAGAUGAUAUUGAAAGUAUAUGUUUAACUUGCAAACAAAGCUUUGAUUCCAACACAAAUUUAAUAGAACACGAAAAACAAUGUCACAAAAAACAUAAACUUCAAUGUAACAUUUGUGAAAAACAAUUUGCUGAUCGUAAAGCUCUUAUCAUACAUUUAAAAGCUCAUGUUCGGAUUAAAUCAGGGAAUAUGCUUAGUUGUCACUUUUGUGGUCAAAAAUACGCAAAUCAAAGUACUUUACAAUUACACAUUCGUAGACACACAGGUGAACGUCCUUUUAAAUGUGAAGUAUGCCAUAAAGGUUUCGUUCGAUAUGCUGGGUUAAAAGAACACAUGAGAACUCACUCGAAAAUGAAACCAUACGAAUGCGACGUUUGUAAAAAAUCGUUUACAUUUAAAUCAAAUCUAACGCGACAUCGUUUUUUACACUCCUCACGUUUGCCCUUUUCGUGUAAUUAUUGCGGGCGAACGUUUGGACAAAACGAUAAUUUACAAACGCAUAUUCGUUCAAAUCAUACAUUUGAACGUCCGUUUUUAUGCACCGAAUGUGGUACGGGGUUUGUAAGCGCGACGGGGUUAAAAAGGCACAUGUACGUUCAUACUGGUACUAAAAAGCAUUUUUGUCAAAAUUGUAAUAAAUCGUAUUCGAAUCUGGUCGAUUUAAAAGUGCACGAAAGGGUACAUAAUUCGGCCGUUGAAAUUCCAAAACCGUUCGCGUGUCAUAAAUGUAACAGGUCGUUCUUUUUACAGUGUAGGCUGCUUAAGCAUAUGAGGGUACAUGAGAAGCCGUUUAGUUGUGAUGAAUGUGAAAGAUCGUUUUUUAAACCGGAAAAUUUGCAGAAACAUAAAAUUCGUAAACAUGAAAUUGCUGUAAAUAGAGUUUUAAUGAAAUCUGGUGUUAACGUAGAAGUUAAUGAAAAUAAAUAAUGAUGAUGUGUAUAAAAAAUGUGAAAUAAUAUAAAAAUAUUUAAUGUUA